AGUGAAGGAUAAUGGAGUGUUUGGUAAGUGUAGGCGGCCGGCGGAGCUGCGGGUGACGCGCCGUCGCCGCCCCAGACGCCGCCACACAGCCCGUGGUCACACACACACUCUUGUCUUGCUCUCACACUCUACCACUGCACCUCACCAACAUGUAUUAGUUCCCUCCCCCACUGGACUUCACUUGGAGACUACAGUGUGGCUCCCGUCCCGUUGCCAUGCCAACAUGGAGCCCUUGGAUCUACCUGGAAGAGGGAGAACUGCCAGCCAGGAGGUACUGCAGGAUGCUGCAGUUGUCAGUUCUCCCGGGCUGGGUCGUCCCCAUGACGCCGGCGCCACUCACGACCCGCACCACACUACAACUGUGUCGUCAUCGUCACCAAGACCAGUGUCACCCAUGGCUACCGGAACACCCAAGAGGAAGAAAGGAAAAGCAGAAGCAUGUACACGGGGGACUAAGCGAGUCUCAUCCAGAGCCCAGCCAGCAAGGAAGAGAUUCAUGCCCUCCAAAUAUGAUUCGUCUCUGCCAGUCAACUCUGAUGGAUCCCCACUGGCUAGCACUGAGCCCAGCCCCAGGCCACCAAGCGCCUGCUUGUCCUCUGGUGGUCACUCGCCAUCCCGUAUACAGUUGGAGCAGGUCAAGCACACACUGCAUGAUGUACAGUCAACUACGGGAAGUAGUUAUGCCAAGCAGAGGUCUCCCUCGCUAAGGCCCUCAAGGCCCCCAAACUCGUCAUCCACAGCAAAUAAUCCGUUUGUGUGUAGCGCCAUAGAGAUCCCUACUGUUGUGGGUCUCCUGAGGAAUAUUCUUACCCAGUAUCCCGAUAAUGGUCAGAUAAUCAAGGAACUGGUACAGAACGCUGAAGACGCAGGAGCGACGGAGGUGGAGGUGGUGCACGACACCCGCCGAGUCCAGUGUCCCGGAGCUCACGCUCAUCUUCACACCUUCCUCACGGGACCUGCACUCUGUCUCUACAACAAUGCAACAUUUACUGACGAUGAUUGGCGUGGCAUCCAGAAGUUCAGUGAUAGCGUAAAGAAAAAUGAUCCUCUGAAAGUUGGCCAGUUUGGGUUAGGAUUCAAGUCUGUUUUUCACAUUACUGACUGUGUAACAAUCAUCAGUGGUGAGAAGGUGCUCUUUAUGAGCCCAAGAGAGCAAGAGGACGUAAUGUGCCGCUGGGUUUAUCUGAAAGACUUACCAAACAAAUGUCCUGAGGAGGAAUGUGUACACUUAUGGCUUAGCUAUUUGAGCACACAGCACAUAUCUGAUGGCCACUUUCCUGCUACACUCUUCUGGUUUCCACUGAGACAGAACCCAUCAGAGAUAUCUGACACUCUUUACUCAUAUGAUCAUGUUGUAAGAUUAUUUGAAUCAUUUGGCGUGGAAGCUUCUAUUUGUUUAACAUUUCUUAAGUCUCUGGAGAAAAUAAGCUUGAACAGGUUCACUGAAAAUAAUAAUAUUCCAGAAGUUAUGCACGAAAUAAAGCUCAUCAGCCCAUCCAUGUCUUACAUUCGAGAAAAGAGAAGAAAUUUUAGAGAAAAGCUCAAAGAAUGCCAUGGAUUACCAGAGCAAACAACUACUUGUGAUUACGAGGUCACUGUUCGUAGUGUGAAAGGGAAGAACACUCAAGAGGAGACAAUGCGCAUUCUUCAUUUCCUGCCAGGUUCAAAUGAACACUUUUCAGUAUCGUGGAGAGGCAAGGACAAGAGCAGUCACAUGCCUCUAGUGGGUGUUUCUGCUCCCGUUACUACACAAGAGUCCUCGUGGUCUAGAGGUCAUAUUUUCUGCUUUCUUCCUCUACCUCUAGAAACUGAGAACAAUACGAAUCUUCCCAUUCAGGUCAACGGUUUCUUUGCACUUGAUCAAAACAGAAGACAUGUUAAGUGGGAGACACAAGAGAGCAGCAACGAACCUGAUGUUCUGUGGAAUGAAGAACUGGUGUGUAAAGUUGUAGUUGAGGCGUACUUUACUCUCUUGGGUAAAGUUGUUGAGGAGCUGGGCUCACCACCAAGACCAAGCCACCUGACAACUUGGUACAGUCUCCUGCCAGACAUUGAGUCUUCAACAGGAAGGUGGAGGAAACUUGCCACUCACUUAUGGUCAAGACUAAAAUCUCUCCCUAUUUUGUUCUCAGAGGUAAGUGAAGAUUUAUUGAACUUCAACAUUGUAACAAUGUACAUAAAUGUGUAA